CAGCACGGGGAGCCACCGACAGUGACGGCGUUGGUACGAGGACAGGGGGAGCUGAUCGGGCUGCUGAAGGCGGCCGGAUACAACAUGGACGAGCGGACAGAGGACGGGAGGACAGGGAUGCAUGUAGCGGGGAUGCUGGGGAGGGCGGGGAGCGUCAGGGAGCUGAUCGAGGCAGGAGCAGAGGCAGGAGCGAAGGACAGGGCAGGGAAGACGAUGGUGCACUGGGCGGCGGAGUAUGGGCAUGUGGAGGUGCUGAGGACGGUAGAGGAACAACGCAGGAAAAAGACUCUGAACAACUUGAUGUUGAAAAAGGACUCUGACGGCAGGACAUGCGCGCACUAUGCGAGUGCGGGAGGGCACUUGGAGGUAGUGCGGUAUGUUGCAGAGACAUGCGGGGAGGAGGUGCUGAGGGAGAAGGACAAUGACGCCGCAGUGCGCGCACAAGGCGAGUAUGGGAGGGCACAUGGAGGUGGUGCGGUAUAA